UACAGCGCCACAGCCCACAACCACUCAUUUGUUUUGAAAAUUUUGAAUUUUAAAUUUAAAUGCUAAAAAUAAGAAAACUUGUUAUAGGAAUAUCGGGUGGAGUUGACAGUGCUGUAACUUCUUUAUUUUUAAAAAAUAAAGGUUAUAAUGUAGAAGGGGUGUUUAUGCAAAACUGGGACAUCAGAGAUGAAACUGGCGUUUGCAAAUCAGAUGAGGAUUAUAAGGAUGCGAGUGUUAUAUGUGAAAAGUUAGGUAUUCCUCUAUUGCGAGUCAAUUUUGUAAAGCAAUAUUGGAAUGAGGUUUUUUGUGAUUUAUUAAAGGAAUAUGAAACAGGACACACACCAAAUCCUGAUGUAUUGUGUAAUCGUUAUGUGAAGUUUGAUGCCUUCUAUCACUAUGCUCGAGAGGAUCUCAAUGCUGAUGCUAUUGCUACUGGUCAUUAUGCAAGGACCAACUUUGGUCCAUACCUGGAAUACUACAAACCUAAUGAAGAUGUUCACCUAUUAAAAGCCAUGGAUGAAAGAAAGGAUCAGACCUUAUUUCUGUGCCAGGUAAAGCAAAAGGCGUUACGAAAAACCAUGUUCCCAUUAGGAAAUUACAUGAAAACCGAAGUGAAGAAAAUCGCCAUGGACAAUGGACUGGAAGAAAUUGCCAAAAAGAAGGAAAGUAUGGGAAUAUGCUUCAUUGGCACUAGAGACUUCCCUAACUUUAUAUCAGAGUAUGUCAAUAACAAACCGGGAAACUUUAUCGAUAUUGAAAGUGGAGUUACUGUUGGUACUCACAAAGGCAUACAUCAGUGGACAUUGGGGCAGAGAAGUAACAUAGAAGGACAACCAAUUGCCUACUUUACCGUGCAAAAAGAUGUGAAAACCAAUAAUAUCUAUGUGGCACGGGGAACACAUCAUCCCUCCUUAUUUACAGAUCUACUGUAUACCGCGCAUCCCCAUUGGAUACACUCUCGUCCUCCUGAAUUGGAAAAUGGAGACUUAUUGGAGUGUGACUUUAAAUUUCAGCAUGUUGAAGAAUUUAUUGGUUGCCAAGUAUACGAGUCGAACAAAGGCCUAAUUGUAUUAUUAGAAAAGACUAGAAGAGCCAUAACACCUGGACAGUUUGCUGUAUUUUAUAAAGGGGAAGAAUGUUUAGGCAGUGCUAAGAUAAUACAGGGCGGCCCUUCAUUAUUCACUUUAAAUUGUGGUAGAAAUGUAAGCAAUGCUUGGAGAUAUAAAGAAAAGUUAUUUAACAACUUUAUAAAUAAUAAUGAAAGAAGAAUUUGUACUAUGUAAGGAUUAAAAAAAUAUACCUUUUAUAUCUGU